CACGGCUGGGCUCCUGCUCCCCUGAAGCCAGCCUUCGACUCUUGUUCUGACAGCUUUGAUAUUUAUUGACCUCGUCUGUUCAAAAUGUGAUAGCGAUCAAUAAGCAACGUGUGAAGCUCACCGCACGGCUGGUUGUUGUUUGUGGCUAAACGCGAGGAAAUAAUGAUAAAGUUUCUGCAAACUUUAUAAAUCGAAUUCGAAUUAUUUGUAGGAUUUUCCCAAAUAUCAUCUUCACGGAGAAGCGCUGGGGCCCGUGUGGGCCAUCCAUAUUGUGGAUGAAUAAUGUUUUAACAUGGAACCAUCUAUAUCAAAGUUUUGAUUAUGACACAAACGUUGACAAACUCGACUUAUAGUUUCUGUUCUUGAAAGUUCGCCCCAAAAGACACGAUGAACGUCUCGUAUCCUUACGUGAUAGACUCGAACUGCACACUAGCGGGUCUCACUGCCUUCGAAUUGCUGAACGAGUCGACAUGGGAUCCGUUGCAGAACGUGAGUCUGGAGGAGGACGUGGAUUUCAUGAACUGCUCCUACCUGAGGCAUAUCGUGAACCUGAAUUGCUCGAGCACCGACCACCUGUGUCGCUGCACCCGCGACAUAUAUUGGUCCUACUGCUCCGAGACGCCCGCUUACUAUUCAUAUAUCUACCGCAUCAUCGGCACGUUGUUCCAGGGCAUCAUUCUGGUAAUAGGCGUGAUCGGCAACGUGAUGGUGGUGAUCGUGGUGGCCAAGAACAAGAAUAUGACCACGCCCACUAACUGUUACCUUGUCAGCCUUGCCAUUGCCGACUGUGCCGUGCUCAUAGCCGCCGUUCCCCAAGAGAUCGUCAGUUAUUACCUCAUCGGUAACCACUGGAUCUGGGGGCGGGUUGGGUGUGCCAUCAUGAUCUUCCUGCAGCACUUGGGGAUUAACGCGAGUUCCCAGCUGACAGCCUUCACGGUGGAGCGCUACAUUGCCAUCUGCCACCCGAUGAAGGCACAGACAGUAUGCACGGUGGAACGCGCCAAAAAAAUCACGCUACUGGUGUGGGUGUUUGCGACGUGUUACUGCUCGCCGUGGCUCUACCUCACCACUGUCGUCCCCCAAACCUACGCCGUCGACUACCCCACCGAAGAGUGCACUUUCAAGCUGUCCAGAGACCAAUACUUCCUCUACUACUUCCUCGACAUCAUCGUGUUCUACGUGGUGCCGCUGCUGCUGUCUUGCGUGCUGUACACACUCAUAGCCAGGAUACUGUUCACCUCGCAGGUCCCAAAGAACCCCACAGUAAACGGACACCAUGACAAAAAGAGGGUCAGCUCCCCGCGCGUCCAGGUGGUAAAGAUGCUGGUGGUAGUGGUGGCUAUCUUCGCGACGCUGUGGCUUCCCUACCGCACCCUCCUCGUCUACAACUCACUGCUUGCCAUGUUCGGCCACAGCACUUACAAGGAUCUGUGGUACCUGCUCUUCGCCAAAACCUGCAUCUUCAUCAACAGCGCCAUCAACCCUAUCCUGUACAACGCUCUCUCUGUCAAGUUCAGGAGAGCCUUCAAACGCAUGCUGUCUUGUGGUAAGCCACGCCCCGAGCAGUGGGCCAUGACGAUGUUCUACAGUGAGGGCGGGAAGCGGCCUGCCUCACGCAUUACUGGGGGCAUGGCGAUUGGGGGAAGAGGGCCAAGCUCCACGCGGACACGAGGCAGCCUGGGCAUUGGAAGAGAGUCCUCCUCGCCGCGCCAACCAUAUCCGCCCAGCAGCAACAGACAGACCCCUACCAUGGACACACCGCUCAACCCUCCCUCCACCUCCGUCACCAUGGAUCCCUAAAGACCCCCGGCAGUCACAGUGAGGUGUCUCGGGUCGCACGUCAUCGCCUCACCAACAAUGUCCUCCCACAAACACUUCCUUCACGUGGUGUUGCUUGACCCACCCUAUUGGCUCCAGUACUGUUGUUGAGGGUGUGCAUGAGACUGACCACUUCAUUGCUGUGUUCAUAAUCAUACUCCUUCCGUGCGUCGCCUCUCAUUCAUCUAACCAUGUCCAGUUGGCGGUGUGUAUCUUUGUAUUAGGUCGUUGUAGGAGGGAGGAAAGAG